AUGUUUAACAAAUCCAGACGUAUUGAUCUGCAGGUGGAUUCAGUGUCUUUCUCCAGCCGGCAGACUCUCUCUGCAGGGGAUGGCGCAGUGGUUUCCCCAACAGAAGAGCUGGGCACUGACUACUUUGUGUACACGCCCACAGGAGGCGUGUCUAACAUGGACAGUCUACUGGCUAUCGUUAAUGGCAAUAGCCAGAACCAGAUUACCAUCUUACCUGGUGGUGAUGUGGCACUGAGAGGCACGCGAAUUCGAUCCCAGCAGCCUGUUGCUGUCCUAGCAGGCCACCAGUGUCUGUCGUUGGGUUACGCGUGUGAACAUGUGUAUGAACAGCUCCCCCAUGUGGCAAGCCUGGGUAAAGAAUACAUGGUACCCUGGACCGGCAGCAGUAAGGCUACAAACUGGGCAGUGAUUGUAGCUGCUGAAGACAACACUGAGCUUGCCACUGAUUGGGCGGUGGAGACGGUGAGUGGAUUUGACAAUGAUGUUGCCAUCCUGUCAGAGAGGCAGGGGGCCGGCAGUGUGAAGGUGUGCGUGAAGGGACUGUGCCAAACACCUAAGUGGAGCGACUUCCUGUCAAAUAAUGGCUGGGUGUGGACCAACGUGCCAGUGGGGAAACAGCAGAGUCAUGUCACAGUGAAAGGUGACGCCCGUAUGGCAGUCUACGCCUACGGGGGAACAAUCUCCAAUGCAUAUGGCAUUGCUGGAGUUUGUUCUGGAGGUGGUGCUCCCCCUCCUACACCAGCCCCGGAUCCCUGUGAAAAGGUGAAAUGUCGAGUGAAGGAGCGAUGUGUGAAGGGAAUGUGCGUCCAUGUCUCUACAGCUACCUGUCGGGCAGUGGGUGACCCCCACUACAUGACGUUUGAUGGCCGACUCUUUGACUUCCAGGUGAACGGAGAACUUCAGUACAUGCCUGUCACUUUGUUGGGUGGAAAGGUCUCUGUAGAGCAGAGUGGAAUCUAUGCUUCCCUCACCACUGACUUUGGCCUGAGUGUUAAAUAUGACUGGGACAUGAGGCUGUACAUCACAGUGCCAUCCUCCUACUAUGAACAGCUGGGAGGCCUCUGUGGAAACUACAAUGGAGACUUGAGCGAUGACCUGCCCGAACCAACAGGUUCCAGUCUCUCUGCUGUGCUGAAAAUGAUCCAGGCGUGGAAGGUGGAUGACAAGUCCGACCUGUUCUGUAGUGAUAACUGUGCUGGUCGCUGUCCCCAGUGUUCACCAGAGCAGCAGACACACUACCGCCAACCCAGUCUCUGUGGGAGUCUGAGCGAGUCAAAUGGACCAUUCUCAGCCUGCCACAAACAGAUUGACCCCUCUAUGUACCUGAAUAACUGCGUCUACGAUGUCUGUAUCAAUAAAGGUGCAAGACAAACGCUCUGUGAUAACCUGAAGAGUUAUCAAGAUGCCUGUCUGUCAGAAGGAGUGAAAGUCAAUCCUCAGUGGAGAAUGGUCACCAAAUGCCCCCUUUCUUGUCCAGCAGGUAGCCACUAUGAGGCGUGUGGCUCCGCUUGCCCGGCCUCCUGCGUUGCUCCAGACAGUGAGAAGCUGUGUAAAGGCCCCUGUGUGGAGGGAUGCAGCUGCAAUCCAGGAAUGGUGCUGAGUGGAGACAGAUGUGUUCCUCAGUCUAGCUGUGGAUGUAGGUAUCAGGGCAGAUAUUACCCAGCAGACACCACUUUCUGGGGCGAUAACACCUGCACCACCAGAUGUAAAUGCCUUAAUGGGCAAGCCAAGUGCACAUCGGUGACCUGUAAGAAGAACGAGCUCUGUGCUUUGAAGGGGGGCGUUAGGGACUGCUACCCAACAUCCUAUGCAACAUGCCAGGGCAGUGGAGACCCCCACUACCAAAGCUUUGACAAAUGGCGGUUUGAUUUCCAGGGCACUUGUACCUAUGUCCUGUCUGAACUCACCAAGGGAUCAAACCAGGACCUGGAACCGUUCCAAGUGCUGGUCCAAAAUGAGAACAGAGGGAGUAACAAGGCUGUGGCCUACACCAAGUCCGUCUCUCUUACUGUAUUCGGUAACAUCACUGUCAGCAUGAGUCGUGCCAGCGUGGGGAAAAUACUGGUAAACAGCCAAUCAGUGAACCUGCCUUACUCCACGGAAGACGGAAAGCUUUCCUUGUUCCGGCGUGGCUUCUUUGGCAUUGUGACGACAUCUUUUGGUUUGACGCUCAGCUUCAACUGGAACGGCUACGUCAGCUUGACACUGCCCAGUUCAUUCUCUUCUGCUACAGCUGGCUUGUGUGGAAACUACAAUGGCAAACCUGGUGAUGACUUAAUGAAACCGGAUGGCACCCAGGCUAAAAACAUUAAUGACUUUGGACACAGCUGGAAGGCAGGAGGCCAAGCUGGCUGCACGAGUGACUGUCCUGAUGGUAAAUGUCCUGAGUGUGAGCCUGCACUGCUACUGCGUUACCAACAGCAGCGCUACUGUGGCAUCGUCGCUGACAAGCUUGGACCCUUUCGACAGUGUCACAGUAAACUGGACCACACCCCCUUCCUCACAGACUGCGUUUUUGAUUUGUGCAUGUACCAAGGCCACGCCUCGGCCCUGUGCAACAGCCUAUCGGCUUUCAGCACCUCUUGUCAACAGGCCAGAGCUACAGUGGAGAGUUGGAGAACCGAACAGUUUUGUCCUCCGUCAUGUGUUGCCAACAGUCGCUAUGAUCAGUGUGCCCCCCCCUGCCAGCCCACCUGCAGUGGUCUGGCCCGCCCUGAGGGCUGUGACGAGAGCGCGCCCUGCACAGAAGGCUGUGUGUGUGACGAUGGAUUCAUGCUGAGUGAUGACAAGUGUGUCCCUCUGGCAGAGUGUGGCUGUCGGUACGAAGGACAGUAUUAUCAAACUGGACAGGUGUUCUAUCCAGGACAGUCAUGUAACAAUCGCUGUGUAUGUUCAGAAGGUGGAGUAGUACAGUGUGAUCCUAAAUUCCGCUGUUCAGCCAAUGAGAAAUGUGUUGUGAAAGGAGGUUCCGCCUCCUGUUCCCCCAGCGGUAAAGCUUCCUGCUCUGUGAGUGGAGUCCGAACAGUCCGGUCAUUUGAUGGACAGGCAUAUCCUCUGUGGGGAAACUGUCUGUUCUUGUUGGCAGCAGUGGAGGGGAAGGCAGGAGGGAUGGCAGCCUUCUCUGUCUAUGUACAACAGAAGACCAAUAAGGAUGGCUCCGUCUCCCGCAGUGUGGAGCUCCAGAUUUACAACAUAGAAAUCACUAUGGAGACCGGGGUUGUAUGGGAAGUCAAGGUUAAUCAGGUCAGAGUCUCCCUUCCUGUGUCACUAGCUGACGGAAAAGUGCGAGUGAAUCAAAAUGGCAUCCACAUCAUCAUUGAGACUGACUUUGACCUGAAGAUGACCUAUGACAGUGUGGCGGGCGUGCUCUUACAAGUCCCAUCCACCUACCACAGCUCACCACGCGGUCUCUGUGGCAACUAUAACGGCGACCUGUCUGAUGACCCGACAUCAGCUGCAGUUUGGCUGGUAAAGAAAGAAAACGUUGUAUGCGAGGCGAGCUGUGGUGCCACUUCCUGCCCGGAGCCAGAUCAACAGAAGGUCCCGGAAGCCAAAAAGGACUGUGACAUCAUCAAAGCCCAGCAGGGCCCACUUGCAGGUUGCCACUCAACAGUGCCCCCAACUCCCGACUACGAGGCUUGUGUCAGGGAGAUGUCCACAGGCAAAGGAAGCGUGGACAUCCUUUGUCGUCACAUCCAGAAUUAUGUUACCGCCUGUCAACUAGCCGGCACAACGAUAAGCAAAUGGAGGAACGACACCUUCUGUCCUGCGCGAUGUCCCGCAGGAAGCCACUAUGAGCUGUGCUCCUCCGCCUGUUCCUCCACCUGCUCCUCCCUGCAGAGGUCCGAUCCCUGCCCGCUGUGCCAGGAGGGCUGCCAGUGUGACGGCAGCCUCAUGGCUGACGGAGGCCGCUGCGUCCCGGUGGAGCAAUGUGGCUGCGUGGUGGGGGGGAAAUAUUACAGGUCGGCUACGUCAGUGAUGCGGGGCGACUGUACAGAGCGCUGCGUCUGCCAGUCUGGACAGUUCAGCUGCAACUCCACCAGGUGCCAGAAGGGCGAGGAAUGUCGCAACCGCAAUGGAACCGUUGGCUGCUACUCCACAGACCCCUGUGCUGAGGUCCAUUGCAGGGUAAAGGAGCACUGCAAUGUGUCACAAGGCCAAGGAGUGUGUGUUCCUGAUUCCAAGGCCACAUGCUGGGCUACAGGUGACCCCCACUACAGAACGUUUGACGGCUGGGACUACUCAUUCCAGGGAACCUGCACCUACGUCCUGGUCAACACCACAGGGCUUGAUCCGUCCCUGCCGAAAGUUACUGUGACCAGCAAGAAUGAGCUCCGUGGGAACGAUGUAGGCUCCUUUGUGCGUUCCCUCACUGUGGAGAUAUUGGGCCACCGUAUAUUCAUCCCGACUGACAGAGGCGUCGUAUUGGUGGACGGGAUUAAGACAAAGCUUCCUGUCCUUCUUGAAGCAGGCAGCAUCUCCAUAACACAAGCUGGAAUUAAAUGCAUAAUCCAAAGUGAUUUUGGCGUUAUGGUCACUUUUGAUUGGUCCACACAAAUCAUGGUGUCCAUCAGCAGCAGUUACUAUGGUAAUGUCGGUGGGCUCUGUGGCAACUACAACGGCAUCAAGGAGGACGAGCUGGCAGCCGCCGGAGGCAGCACAGCUGUGAAUGUGACUCAGUGGGCGGGGCUGUGGAGCAUCGAGGACUACGACCCAUUCUGCUACCAUUACUGCGACGGCAAGUGUCCUCAGUGCUCCGACAAGGACCGCAUAAGGUACACCGGUCCACAGUACUGUGGGAUUAUGAGCGAUACAAACGGACCUUUCUCUGGCUGUCAUGGUAGAGUGCCGGUACAAAAGCCUGUUUCCUACUGUCUGUAUGAUGUCUGCACUAAUGAAGGGCGGAAAGAAGUGCUGUGUGAGGCCCUGAGCAACUACCUGGCAAAGUGCCAGGAUGCUGGAGCAUCAGUGUUGCCAUGGAGACAAUUGGUCAACUGCUCUGUUGUAUGUCCCGCCCACAGCCAGUACAACUUGUGCGGCUCCGCCUGUCCACCCAGCUGUGGACGCCAGCCAGAGGUGUGCCCUAAGGUCUGUGUGGAGGGCUGUUUCUGUGACCCGGGAUAUGUGCUCAGUGGAAAAGAGUGUGUUAUUAAGGAGAAGGGCUGUGGCUGUAACCACAACGGCCGCUACUACCUGCCCGGCGACGUGUUCUGGGCAGACUCGCUGUGUAACGAGAAAUGUGCGUGUGAUGCAGCGACACAGAAGGUGCAGUGUAAGCGCACCGCCUGUCGAACCGGAGAGAAGUGCAGCGUUGUGGACGGAGUCCAGGGCUGUUACCCAGUCAGCUUUAAGUCUUGCACUGCGCACGGAGAUCCCCACUUUCAGUCCUUCGAUGGACGCAAGUUUGACUUCCAGGGCAACUGUGUCUACAAGCUGGCCAGUGUGUGUGGCGAUACGACGGGUCUGACGCACUUUCAGGUGAACCUGGAGAAUAACAACCGUGGCAACAAAAGAGUGUCAUACGCCAAAGUGGUGACUGUUAAAGUCUACGGCAACACAUACACACUCUCAGUGGACUACCCAGGCAGAGUACUGGUGAACGGGCUUGAAAACUCCCUUCCAUUCUCCAAUUCAUCCAAUCAAACACUGGUCCAGGUUUAUCGUCAGCACAGACUGGCUGUCAUUGAGACAACAUUUCUAAAGGUCUCCUUUGACUUUGCGAGUGCAGUGAGGGUGGAGGUGGCCACCAGUUACCACAGUGUAGCCUGCGGCCUUUGUGGAAACAUGAAUAAUGACCCUGCUGAUGACCUGAUGUUGCCCAAUGGGAAGCUGGCUUCCAACGCCAAUGAGUUUGGAGUGAGCCAAUGGCUGGCCGACGUGGAGGGCUGCUCCCAUGAGUGUAAAGACUGUGCUCCGCCGCUCCCCCCUGACUUUAAACCACCCAGCUACACAUCCGUCUGUGAUAUCAUAACGGCGAAGGACGGCCCCCUGGCCAACUGCGUGGGCCGAGUAGAUUCCCAGCAGUACCGGGACGACUGUAUCUAUGACAUGGUGCUUAAUGAGGGCAAACAGGACGCAGCCUGUGACAUCAUUAGUGCCUAUGUGGAAGAGUGUCAGAGAAAAGGAGGCUGUGUGAAGUCAUGGAGGACCAGGCGCCUCUGCUGGAUGCAGUGUGCAGCCAACAGUUUGUACAGUGUCACAGCUCCUGGCUGUCCAAUCAGCUGCACCUCUCCGUCUCCCCCCGCUGAGUGUGUGAUCCCCCCCAGCGAGGGCUGUGUGUGUAACCCUGGUUACCUCCUGAGUCAGGCGGGCUGUGUGCCCCUGGCUGAGUGCGGCUGCCAACUCGACGGCCGGUACAUCGUGUCUGGUCAGACGUUCUACGCCGACUCAGGCUGCCAGCGCCUCUGUGUGUGUAACGGAGGGAUGGUGUCCUGUGAGAACAAACCCUGCCAAAGUAAGCAGCGCUGUGGAGUGCAGAAUGGAGUGAGGGGUUGCUAUGCCAACCUCUGACAUCGUCACAACACAGGAUUCUCUUAAUUGAAUCUAUUUUAGGUAGAAUAUGUCCAGCAAUGCUGUUUAAAUGAUUAUAGUUAUAGAUUAUUAUGCAGUGACUGCUUCUACUUGUUCCACAAUUAAAGAUAUAAACAAUUGUCAAAAAUCUGAUCUGAAAAAGGUAUCCUCCUAUUUUAAUGUGUAAUUAAGCAUUUAUCAAUAAUCUGAUUCAUUUCUGUCACUCUGCUGCUUACAAAAUGGAUUUAUUGCAGUAACAAUGUAUUCCAGGUUACAUAAUGUACUCAGAAUACUGUGUUACCACUUGGUCAUGUGACUUCACCGUAGAAUCACCUGAUAAAGACUCUGUAACAGUGUGCAGUGUUUGUAAGCCCCUUCCUUUCUUCCUUCCUCAUGAAUAUGCAGUAACAUGUACGGUUCAUUUCAGUCUUCACUCAUUUCUAAAAGAUCAUUAAAACAUAUUUC